GAUUUAGUGUUAAACCCCUCGUCAAGCUCGAUUUCAAGAUCCUGGAAAUGAAUCAAGCACAUAAGUAGAUGCUGAAUCACGUCAAGGUACUUGUGUCUGCAGUAACAAGAAUAAACGAGCUUGACAGCUUGUAUGGGGUUAUACAUUGAAACAAAGGGUCCAAAUAAAGAAUCAGCUAACCAGCCUGCUAGUAUCAAAUGAAACUGGUGAAAGGGAGGAUCCAGACAGAAGACGAUAUCUGCACUGUAUCAGUGCUAAGUAACCCUAGAGAUCUUAUUGUAUGCAAAAGCGUGAGCAAACGAUGGAACUCUCUGUUAUCUUCUUCUUCUUUCCAUUACACUCGUAGUUUGGCUUUGGUCCUCAACAACACACAACCUCAACUUGCUACGAACGACACAUGCUUAGAGAGUUGGAAAGGAUUCGAGUUAUGCAACUAUAUCGAUCUCGAUUUUGACCAUCCGCUUUGUGUUCUAGCGUCCUACAAAGAUGUCUUGUUAUGCAUGAAAUCUCCACCGGUUAAGAGGCUAAGGCGAUCACAAUCACAAUUCUACAUUGUGAAUCCCGUGACAAUGCAAUGGACUCGUCUUCCAAAAUUUGCCAAUGGAAUCAUUGAUGUCAUCCCAACGUUUCCAUUAGGGUUGACAGGGAAUGGGUCAAAGGGUACGUACUAUGUUGUCAUGCUGAAUCUUUCUAAACCUUAUCUGCUUAAUGUUUGUGUGUUUGAUUCUAAACUCGGUAAAUGGAUAUAUAAUUUUAUCGAGCAUCCUCGUUGGUCACCAUCCGGAUGGUGUCCAACGCAAUACCAAGCCUUGACCUUUAAUGGAGCUGUACAUUGGUUAGCCGAGGAUGGACCUAUCGUAGCUUAUAACCCUAACCAUAUGCGCAAAUGCAUAUUCAUCCAUCGUUCCCAAGAGAUGCAUCAUGCUUUUUAUGGUGGCGGUGCGGUUGUUUCUGAGACUUUAACCGUCUCCAUGGGUCAUCUACGAAUCAUUCAAUUCGUUUGCUUUAAAUAUCCCGAUGAUCAUCACCAUCUUUGUAUUUGGACACUCGUGGAUUACAAACAAUCCAUAUGGAAACAAGAGCAUGAGCCUGUCUAUUUUAGAGACAUGGUUUCUGAUCUUCCAUGGAUACAAGACUACAUGCGGGGAUAUAAUCUCAACACAACAACUAACCAAGACAAUGUGCCCAUCAUCAUGCAAUAUUUCGACCUUGAAGAUUAUUUGGACGUUGAAUAUCAGCCUCCGGAAACCAAAGAACGAAUCGUUUGUACAAGGCCUUUAGUUUGCCAUCCAAACAAUCCUCUUCUCGUUUACUUGUAUUUACCUGAAACCAUCGUCUCUCUUGAUGUCACAACAAAGGAGCUGAGGCUAAUCACCAGAGACAACGGAAGCGGCAUGUCUAGUACUAGCUCUUACUGGAACCACUAUGACAAGGUGAUACCAAUGACGCUUCACUUAGAUCCUACUUUGAUCCCUUGUCACGAGCAUGUACUUCUGCCACGUACGUGAUAAUCUCACAUUUUGUUAGAUUUGUCCUUUGGAAUUUCUAGAUGACGUGGGCUUUGUGAUUUUUUUUUUCUAGAACGUUAUGAGUUUGUUAAUUUUUAUAGCCCCUCAAGAUCUGAAGUUACAAAUUAAAAAAAGUAAUCUAUCCGAUCAAUAUGACUAAAUAAAGAUAGAACAAGUAU